AUGGUCGACCUCUCCAAAACCGCCCUCAUCCUGAUCGACCCCUACAAUGACUUCCUCCACCCGGACGGCAAGCUUACCCCAUUGCUGAAAGACCUGGAGGAGAAAGAGACCAUCAACCACAUCCAGGAAGCCGUGGCUGCCGCCCGUCUGCAUCGUAUCCCAGUCUACUACGGACUGCAUCAGCAGUGGACCCCCACUGCCUUCCAGGCCUGGCGGCACAUGACCCCCAACCACGUCAAGCAGAAGGAAAUCAAGUUGUUCGAAGCAGGUACGUUUGGGGCCCAGAUCUACCAAGGCUUGGAGCCCGAUCGCAGCAAUGGGGAUGUGGUCGUGAGUCGACACUGGAAUAGCAACUCCUUCCAGAACACCGACCUGGACUUCCAGCUGCGCCAGCGUGAGAAAGUGCACCUGGUCCUUGCCGGGUUGACGGCCAACACUUGUCUGGAGAGCACUGCCCGGCAUGCUUAUGAGCUAGGAUACCAUGUGACUCUACUCAAGGAUGCAACGGCCGGUUGGUCGAAGGAGCUGACGGACGCGGCGACCGAGUUGGUCUGGCCAUUGUUCGCCGAGGUAAAGACUGUGGAAGAAUGGGCCCAGUCUCUGAAGGCAGAGGGAAAGGCUUAAUGCUUUUUGGGUAGACGAUCGGCUUAGCUGGUACUCUGGGAGGGUAGUAGUAG